AUGAACAGCGAUAAAGGAAAAGCUGUGUGGAAUUCAACUUUAACAAAAAUCUUCAUUAAAGAAUGCUUGGAACAAGUGUACAAGAAACAAAGGAAAGGAACUGCUUUCAACAAAAAUGGGUGGCAGGCAAUAAUUGAGAGGUUUGAGGCAAAAACAGGAAAAAGGUAUGAGCGAAAGCAAUUGAAAAAUAAGCUAGAUAACAUGAGGAAAGAAUGGAAUGUAUGGCAUAAGUUGUUUUCAAGUGAAACCGGCUUAAGAUGGGACAGUGACAAGAAUACUGUUCAUGCUCCAGAUGAGUGGUGGGAGCGAAAAAUCUUGGAAAAUCCUCUUUAUGAAAAAUUUAGAUAUAAAGGUCUGAGAUUUGCAAGGGAAUUAACCUUGAUAUUCAAGGAUGUCCUGGCAACUGGGGAGACACUUUUUAUGCCAUCUGCUACCCAGACCCAAAUAGAGGAUGAUGAUGAUGAUGAGGAUGUGUACCGCCCUACUAUUGACCUUCGAGAAGGCUCCGGUGAUAGUGAAGAGGAGUUAAAUUUAUCUGACACCGCAGCACCUAUGGGGGUCACCGAUGAGUUGUUAGGCUUGAAUGUCACCACAAAUACUGGUGGAACUAGUGGUGACGGAAGUCAAGGCAAGAGAAAGAGGGUGGUAGGCGUUAGUGGGAGGAAAAGGCAAAAAGUCCCUACCUCAAUGAAAAUAGCAGAUGCGAUGAGUGAAAUGGCCAAGAAUAAUAGAGCUAGAACAGAGACAGUGAACAAGAUUUUGGCAAAUGACAUAGGAGUUUCUGAAGUUGUGGCUCACCUAAAUGGACUCCCAGAAGUUUUUGGUGAUAAAGAUUUACAUUGGAGAUGUGUCAAUCUUGUUCUAUACAAGCCUAUGCGAGAUGCUUACUGGCAACUUAAAGACCAUCUUGAUCAAUUGGUCAAUUGGUUGAAGCACCAAGUCUACCAUCUACCGGAUUUUAUUUCAAAGAAUACAUCAGGAUGA